AAUUCCUAUUGUGUGUGUAAAACAGAAAGGGAGAGUUUCUAUAAAAGGAUGAAUUCCGAUGAGCUUAGCAUCGCGGCAGACAGUCUGUGGUUUACAAAGAAAAAUGCUGACUGCCAGUGAGAGGCGUGUGUGAUAAGAUUCAACCACCACAUCCAUCUAAAAGUCGGGUGCAAAGAGAGAAAACCUGCCUCCUUCACAGUGCUCUGGAUAGCGGGGCUGCCGUGAACCUGCAUCAUCUCUGUCUCUGAAACCCGACGACGACUUGAAUCAGCAGCAAGAAUCCCGCGAUGAAUCAAAAGUGAAAGGUGUUUUCUGAGGACCUGAUAGAAGACUGGAUGUGGUUUUAGCUAUGAUUACAUCAGGGUGGGGGGCGUGGGCUCUCUCCCCCUGUGGCCUUGUGCUGGUCUUCUGUUCAUCUGUGUGUCUGUCCCAGCAGCCUCACGUCAAACCAGCAGACUGUAGUCGAAAGGAACAUCCCGUUGUCUCCUACCAAGCGUUGAGGCCGUGGAUGUCAGAGUUCUCCCAUUCAGGAGUGAAAGAUUUCUCCCAGCUGGCCCUGGACCUGAGCAGAAACCAGCUCAUUGUGGGAGCAAGAAACUUCCUCUUCAGACUGAAUUUAAGCAACGCCUCGCUCAUACAGGCGACAGAAUGGGCGCCCGAUGAAGACACAAAGCGCUCAUGUCAGAGCAAGGGCAAGUCUGAGGAGGAGUGUCAAAACUACAUCCGGGUUUUGUUGAUAAGUGGGAAGACGCUCUUCACAUGCGGGACGAAUGCUUUCACCCCCGUCUGCAUCACCAGGCAGAUUGGAAACCUCGGUGAGGUGUUGGACACAGUGAACGGUGUUGCCCGUUGUCCCUAUGACCCGCGCCACAACUCUACUGCCAUGGUAACAGAGAGGGGUGAGUUGUAUGCUGCUACGGUGAUCGACUUCUCCGGACGUGACCCUGUCAUCUACAGGAGCCUGGGGAACAUGCCACCACUGCGCACCGCCCAGUAUAACUCCAAAUGGCUCAACGAGCCUCAUUUUGUGUCUGUUUACGAGAUUGGUCGGUUUGCCUACUUCUUCGUGAGGGAAACUGCAGUUGAAAACGACUGUGGGAAGAACGUGUUCUCUCGCGUGGCCCGGGUCUGUAAGAACGAUAUGGGUGGACGUUUCCUUCUGGAGGACACCUGGACUACUUUCAUGAAGGCCAGACUCAACUGCUCACGCUCAGGAGAAAUUCCCUUUUACUACAACGAGCUGCAGAGUACCUUUUAUUUAUCAGAGCAGGACCUGAUCUAUGGUAUCUUCACCACUAAUGUGAACAGUAUAUCAGCUUCUGCUGUCUGUGCCUUCAAUCUGAGCUCCAUCACCCAGGCCUUCAACGGACCCUUUCGCUACCAGGAGAACCCCCGCACUGCCUGGCUCUCCACCCCAAACCCCAUCCCCAAUUUUCAGUGUGGCACACUGGAGGAGGGCGGCCCCGGGGGUAACCUGACAGAACGCAGCCUUCAGGACGCCCAGCGACUCUUCCUCAUGAAUGAUGUGGUGCAGCCAGUUACUGUCAACCCUCUGCUCACCCAGGACAACCUGCGCUUCUCCAAGCUAGUAGUGGACAUCGUGCAGGGCCGAGAUACCCUCUACCACGUCAUGUACAUCGGCACUGAAUACGGCACCAUCCUGAAAACUCUCUCCACAACCAAUAAAAGCCUUCAUGGCUGCUACCUGGAGGAGCUCAGGCUCCUCCCCGAAGGGCAAAUCGGACCAAUCAAGAGCCUGCAAAUCCUCCACAAUGACAGAUCUUUGAUUGUUGGGCUUGAUGACAGACUGGUGAAGAUCCCAUUAGAGCGCUGCUCCAGCUAUCCAGCUGAACGUCAAUGCAUGGAAGCACGGGACCCUUACUGUGGCUGGGAUCACAAACAGAAGCGCUGCACAACCAUCGAGGAGAGCUCCAACAUGAACCAGUGGACCCAAAACAUCACUGAGUGCCCAGUGAGGAACCUGACACAGGAUGGUGGUUUUGGUCCCUGGGCACCAUGGCAAUCUUGUAACCACAAUGACGGCGAGGGCUCCAUUAGCAGCUGUGUGUGUCGGUCCCGCUCGUGUGACGGACCCAUGGCCCAGUGUGGUGGGAUCCAAUGUAAAGGCCCAACUAUCCAGGUGGCAAACUGUUCCAGGAACGGAGGCUGGACUCCCUGGUCUUCAUGGGGUCAGUGCAGCAGCAGUUGUGGUAUAGGAUUUGAAGUAAGACAGCGGUCCUGCAACAACCCCUCGCCUCGCCAUGGUGGUCGAAUCUGUGUAGGCCAGGGUCGAGAGGAGAGGCUGUGCAAUGAGAAAAAGCCUUGUCCCCUGCCAGUGUUGUGGACAGCCUGGGGCCCCUGGGCUCACUGCAGUGGUGAAUGUGGAGGGGGGGUCCACUCAAGGACCAGAACCUGUGAGAAUGGCAACAGCUGUCCUGGAUGUUCCUUGGAGUACAAGGCCUGUAACCUGGAGGCCUGCCCUGAGGUGCGCCGCAACACCCCCUGGACUCCCUGGAUGCCAGUCAACGUCAGUCAAGAUGGGUCAAGGCAAGAGCAGAGAUUCAGGUACACCUGCCGGGCGCUGCUUCCCGACCCCCAGCAGCUCCAGCUGAGUAAGAAGAAGGUGGAGACCCGGUUCUGCCCAAAUGACGGGUCUGGAGCCUGCCAGACUGACUCUCUGGUUGAAGACUUGGUGAAGACCAGUGGGCGAACUCUGUCCCAGCCGCAAGGUGUGCGCUGGGGAUCGUGGGAAACGUGGUCCAGCUGUUCUCAGAAGUGCUCCAGAGGCUUCAGAACCCGGAAACGUAGCUGCUCGACGGCAGAGGGCAGGACCAACCCCAGCGCCUGCGUAGGAUCCCCGGUGGAAUAUCAGGAGUGCAACAUUCAACCCUGCCCAGUGAGUGGAGCCUGGUCUUGCUGGUCCUCCUGGUCCCAGUGCUCAGCCACCUGUGGGGGCGGACACUACCAGCGAACUCGGAUGUGCAGCAACCCGCCCCCUGCCAUUGGAGGAGACAUCUGUAUAGGCCUGCACACUGAAGAGGCGCUCUGUAAUACGCAUGCCUGUGAAGGUUGGGGUGAAUGGACAGAGUGGGGGGACUGUGAUGAGGAGGGUCUGCAGCAUCGCACUCGUCGCUGUGGUGAGGACCAGGAGGCUGAGGCCCGUCUCUGCCAGGGCAACAUCACCCAGUCUAGGCAGUGCCAGCCUCAUGAGGUGCCAGUCAUUUUACCCGGACAGGAGGACACGAGCUGUGGAACCUUUACUUUGUUCCAGUUGGUAGCUGUGGGCUCAGCCAGUUUCUUUGCCGCAGCGUUACUGUCAGCGCUUGCCUACUCCUACUGCCACCACCUGAACCGACCAUCAGCAGAGUCAUCAGUCAUCCACCCCAGCACACCCAACCACCUUACCUACAACAAGCGGGGCAACGCCACGCCAAAGAAUGAGAAGUACAUCCCCAUGGAGUUUAAGACGCUAAACAAGAACAAUCUCCACGUAAACGAUGAGACGUGCAACCACUUCCCCUCACCGCUGCCCUCCAGCAAUAUGUUCACCACAACCUACUACCCUCCCAGCCUGAGCAAGUAUGACUUCCACCCAGACUCCCCCUGCAGGACCUACAUGCACAGCUGAGGGGAGGCCAGGCUCUAAAAGCAAACCAAGUUCUCAUUCAAAACAUUUCAAAAGAUUUUGAUAGAUUGUACUGUCGGUCAAGAAAGACACCAAAAUCAUUCUUGUGUUGCAGUCUAAUUUGUAGAUCUGUUAAUGAAAUCUUAAAAGCUUGGUUAACCCAAAUUGCAUCCUUUUCUGAUAUCUUGCCAUGCAGAUAGUUUCUGUUUUAUUUGCCCAGGUUUUGAGAAAUCUCAAUGUUUUAUGGUAUUGACCGAAACUAGAAGAAAUUCAGCACCAACAUCUCUUUCCAAAAACAGUGUUUCCUUUAUUCUGGAUACUCCACAGACCUCCUUGCAAACAGUUUAGUAGGGGCCAUUUCUUCAGAAGAAAGUUGUUCCAGUUUACCAAUUCUGUGUAGAUACUCUAUGAAAUUUAUGGCUCUUAAUUACAUAUGUAAAAUGUUUUACAUCAUAAGUUUUUAAAUUUCUAAGUUGCUACAGCAUGCAGAGUUUAAGGCUUAGAGCAUACACCAUAUCCACCACAUACAAUCAAAUUAUACGCACAUGCUAUCGCGUCCAACACUUAGGCUGGCACUGUGGAAAAACGUUUGUUAGCCAUCUGAAGGUUUAGUCACAUUAGCCUUCCAUACAACAAAAUUCCCACCUUCACUGAACACGGAAAGCACACUAGUCUAUGAGUAUGAUGCUGCAGUUUGGAUUCUGGUCACGUAAUAUUCUACAAGAUGGUGGACUACGGUGUAAAUUCACAGGACAAACUUGAACUAAAUUAAAAUGAAACCAGCACCUACAGUACAGGUGUCCCCUUCUACUUACAUAACCCACCCUGAGGUUCUCUGUGUGUGUGCUCAGGGCAUUGUGGAAGCAGGGUAGGACCCAGAGCUCAAGGCUUUCAGACAUUGUAUGUACCUGGAUAUCCACCGGACUGAGAAGAGACUCAUCUGAUGGUUAUUGCUUUCGGGCAUUUUUGGCAUGUGAGGACUCAUUACUACUGUAUCUUGCUUGGACACUAGUUAAGUGUGGGCUGUCAUCAGUAAAGGCUGAUAUCUAUGAGUAAAAACCACAGAUUUCAUGCUUCACAGCAUGUGAAUGGAGCAAAGAAAUUAACAGAGUUGAAGAUUUCUGGCGUAUUUGCUUUAAUUUUUAUGUUUAGCAGAGUCCACAUUGGAAAACAACACUGACGAGGACAUUUUUGACACACCUCGCUAUGUACUGUACAUUGUUGAAAAUGUAAGGUUGUCAACUGUUCUGUCAGCAGGUUAUAUGAAUUAUUUUAGGGGUGUUCACAGAUGUCACCAUAUCUGUAUCUGCUGAAAACAAAAUGAUUUGAUUUUGUAAAUAUAUGGGGCAUUUUUCAGUGUUUCAGUCACACUUCUAUUUUCCAUCAGGAGUGUUAAUGCAUUAUGGUUACUGUUAAAAAUUACCCAAUAUAAUACAGCUAUGUCUUUAUUAUCUUUCAUGAACACGCCAUAAAUCAGCCAUAGGCUUUUUUUAAAGGAUUUCACACUUUCAACUGUAGUGCCAUGCAAGAAACUCUCAAGUCUCUACAUUUUGUUUUAUAAUGUACUGAAAUGAAUGGAAAUCAAAGGCUGCCCAAAAGCAGGUGAAACAUCUAUCAGACUUUUAAAUGCAGAAAAUGUUAUGCAGCAAGGUAAUAAGUUCUGAUUAGCUAUGCUAAACAUAAAGUGCACUAAAUGUUUUUUUCUUACAUUUCUGAAUACAAGUAAUAGUGAGCAAAUUUGGAGAGAACUAAAAAACACUUUAUUUGGACUUUUUACACUCUUUCAUGUUCCUCCAGGUGCUCCAGUUUGCUUCCACAGUCCAAAAACAUGUAGGUGAACUAGAUACUCUAAAAUGAGUGUGAAUGACUGUCUACAUGUGUUGCGUAUGAGGUAUAAAUGCUCACAGAGUGUGACAUUACCUGGAUAACUGGUGCUUGUAUGAAAAUGUUUUUCACAUUCCUGUUGCUUGUUUCUGUGCAUUAUGUAGGCAUUAUACUUACAUGAGUGUUACAUGUUCCCAGUGACGUACACAUUUGGUAAUGCCUUUGUUUUAGGGGUCCAUAAUUUCUGAAGAAAACAAUGUAAUUUAAAAGAAAUUAUAGGGGAAAAUAGGAAUGUCCUUGAUGGAAUUGCUUCAUUUAAAGCUAAGUAAAUACAUUUCAUAUAUUCAUUCAUUUUCCCUCCACUAUUAGAAACUUUAUUCUCCAUGUAUGUUGAAUACACCUGCCUGCUGUAAACUAAAGGUAUCUUGAGGUUAGGCAAAUAAUUGGAAGUGUACCAAUUGAACAUAAUCUCUGUUUUCCCUUGGAAAUUAUUCUGAAAUUACACGUUUUCUACUGCUGACAGCCCAAAGUAGCAGGCUAUUAAAGCAACUACGUGCUUAAAAAAGACUCUGCACGCCUUACCUUUAUGAAUCUACACAUAGGGGCUUUAAAUAAUAUUUGUCCUUUAAAACAAGUUCAAAAUGCUGUCGUUUAGGUUUCCUGUCACAUUUCAGUGUUAAUAUUUAAGUUACUAGUUGCUGUAAAAUAUAUAUUGCAUAUUGUGUUUCCAAACUGUAAAUACCAAGAAAUGUAUUCAGGUGUUU